AUGAUGCUUAAAAUUAAGUAUUCCUAUAUCUCAACUCAAGUGCUUCGAUCAUAAAAUGUCGUUAGAUUUGAUGCUGAAAUCAAGCAAUCGCAUUUGUUAGGGGAGAAGUUUGGAUAAUAGGUGUUUGCCAAGCUUAAUCAUAAUCAUAAGCAUAACAUCUUAACUCCAACAAUGUUAAAUCAAAUUCAUAGAUUUUUGGAAAGUUAUGAUUUAGAUGAAGCAAUAAAUAUAAUUUGGUUGGAUUGCUAAUCCAAAGGAACAGAUUUGAAAUACUUGUAGCACUUAUCCUAGUAAGAGAAGAUUGAAUAUAUGAGGCAAAUAUAAAAUUUGGCAGUCUAUUUUGGAAAGUACAACAAAGUCUUGAUGCCUGUGAUAACUGGAGAAGCCAGCGGAUCAAUGGCAGCAUUAGCAUGUUCAACUCCAUUCUAAUUUUUUGAUUAAAAAGGAGGAAUACGAUUUAAUGAUGUUAAUAGGGGCUUUGUCCCUCAUGCAGGUGCUUCAUAUCAUUUAUCCAGAUUGCCUGAUUAAUUGGGGUUGUAUUAUGCCUUGACGGGUCGAUGGUUGAAAAAUGACGAAGCAUUAAACUUAGAGUUGAUAUACGGAAAUUUGAGAGAUAAAAACAAAGCCAUUGAUUACAUCGAUUAAACAACCUAAUAAUACAAGACACCAACCACUGCAAAAAUGUACCCUAAAUAGGUGAAACGUGAAAUUUAAAAAUUCAAAUAUGGAAGAAAGAAAUUCUUAGCCAAGUUGAGUUAAGAAAUGCUGAUUAGAAUGUAGAACGAAGAUGCUUAAUAAGUGGCAUAAGAAUUAUUAUACAAACUCAAAAGGUUCUAAGAAGAGAAUCUUUUAAAUCAGAAUGAAUGGCCUAAGCAAACCAUCGCAAAUCCAUAUCUCCAAUUUAAAACACUGAACAUUGAUAGUCUCGAUGAAAUGGGAAUUAUAUCAAGAGAGAAUCUGGUUAAAUUGGACAAGGCCUUGAUUGCUAGAUGUUUCAAUGGAGAGAGUGUGUAGGAGAUCAUGGAUAAAUUGAGAGCUGAAUAGAGUUAAUUUGCUAAGGAGAUCUUAACGGAGUUGGAAGCAUAGCCAAAAUUAUCUCUUGACCUUACAUUCAAGUUAUUGAGAGAGGCAGAGAAAUAAUAAUGGAGAGAUUGCCUUGUAGCUGAACACAAUGUAGCUUCGAAUCUUGCUAUCAGUGGUUUGAUGGAGAAAUAAGGAAGAGUAGAUAACAUCGAUUCCUUUUUCAGUCAUGUUAGUCCUUCAAUUGAUUAUUUACCUGAUGCUCUUGAACCAGUAAGAGACUUUUAUGCUGAGUAUCCUGACAAUAUUAGAGUCUUCUUAAAUGAGGAGAAUCUAAGAAAGGGACUAAUCGACAGAGCCAAUUAGGAAGUAGAUGUGGCUGCUUUUAUGAAGAAUAAUCAACACAUGAUGGAUGGAUCAAUUAGAGUUUCAGAUCUGAGAAAAAUGAGAGUUGAACUUGCUGAAUUGAAAAGGGAUGUGAAAAUUAAGAUGGACAAUUUAAAGAGCAUAGUUGGAUAUGAAGAAAACCUUAAGAAGUAUAUAGCGGAAAGAUAAGCUUAUUUGGAUGGUAUUAAAGAUUUUGGAACUGUAUUGGAAGAGACAAUGAACUCCUUCUUUGAGAAGGCUAAUUAAGCUAGAUUUAACGGAUAUGCCAAUGUGGCUAAGAUUGCAUCAGUGAAACCAAAGAGAGAAUUAUUUUCAAGAGUGAGAAAUUCAAUUUUAAAUCACAAAUUGACAACAGAAGAUGAUGAAAUUGAAGCCAUAAAGAAACAACAAGCAUGGAAUAGAUCAAUGCAGAGAUUACUCAUUUUCCCAAAAGAUGAUAGAAAAUCUUUCUACGAAAAUGAAUUGCCAGAAAAGAUUGUGGAUAAUGAAUAAAUGGAUCAAGUAUUCAGAGCCAGAGCUACAAGAGAGAAACUGUAUGAAACUAGAUACGGAGAUCUUUAUCAGGAGUUUAGUUAAUAGAUGGAUAAGUUCUACAGGAAUGUUGUUUAAAAUGUCACACAAUCAAACAAAUUUGCUAACAUAUCGGAAUAUUUAGAAGGGAAAGAGGUCAAGGAAAUAUUAGAUCAAUUGAAAGAGAACAAGGAGGAAAUCAUUAUUAAUUUAAAAAAAGUACCCAUAGUAUAAGUGAAUAAGGAGGAAUUAAUAAAUCAAAUGAAAUAGGAAAUAGAGCAACUUAAAUAAAAGGAAGAGAUUCCAACUACUUUAGAAGGUUUAAUUAAUAGUGAUAACAAUUUAAGCAUAAUAAUGGAAGAUUUCUUUAGAUGUCCAGAUUAGUUUAAGCCAUUAUAAGCAAUGUUCGAAUAACUAUUGACUUCAACUUAUAGGAUGAGAAUGAAGAAUUUCGAACAUUUGAAUGAAUUGCCAAUAAUAGAUGAUUAGAUCAAUGAAGCAUUAACCUUCGAUUCUUUCAAAGUGAUUGAGAACAAUCUUAUGUUUACUUUCUCAUAUGUUUUAUUAUGUAAAUUGGAGGAAAUCUAUUGUUCCUUUAAGUAAGGUAAUAAUUACGAGAUCUAAGUUUUGAAAUUUUAAUAAGAUUUUGGAUUUUAGAUUUAAAACUAUAAGCAAUUUGAAAAACUAAUAGAGUAUUUGAAUGGCAAAUUGAGGGCAGCUGCGACAUUAUAUAAUACUUACAGAUAAAGGACUCUUGUUUAAUCAGACAAAUUGUUAGAUUACAUCCUUACUCUUAAAUCUACUAAAUAUCCGACUUUCAAAGCCAAAGCAAUUUAUACUAAUCUCUUAAGUUUAAAGAUCAAAUAACACUAUGAAAAUUAAAUUACCUCAUUAGAAGAAAAACCCAUCAGUUAAACUACUCCUGAUGAUGUUUAUAGUGCCAUAGAAAAUAAGUAAUACAGAAUGAGUGCAUUCUAUAAAUAAAAUUUACCAAAAUAUAAAAGAGGCUAAUUGUAGAGACGAAUCUAUUUUAGAGAUGACCUCUAUAUGGCUACCAAAAAGGAAAUUGAGAUAUAUGGCAAAAUACAAGGACUUAAAGCACAGAAAAGAAAGAGAUUAAUUAUUGGAAUAAAUCACUAACUCAAGUAAUUGGAUUUGAUUGCAGAAAGACAAGUUGAAAUAACUCCAAAGGAAAUAUAGUAAUAAAAGGAAGAUUUGGAAAAAGUGUUGAAGAAAAAAUGGUUCAGCUAUUAACCCAUUUAAUAAUGGUUUAAAGAAUUGGUAUAAGAAACCUUAGAGGAAAUCUAUCAUCCUGAUCUGAUUCUAUCUGAAACUGAAUUUAAGGAAUACGUCUACAUUAGUUUCAAUGCUUAAAAGAAACUAUUAGAAUUGUUGAGAGCAGAACUAAUCUUGGGAGUGUAGAAUGAGAGGGAUGAGUUCAUCCAAGAAUAAAAAUUCAACCCAGAACUACCAGAAAUUUAAAACUUAGCCUAGUAAUUGACUGUCGCUGAAUCCUUACAUGUCGAAGGUCUCAUUGAAGAAAUUGAACCAACUGAAACUUUAUUUGUUGGAAAAAAAGGAACAAUUCUGAAAAUAGGAGGAUAACUUCCUGUUCAAUUAAAUGAGACUUAGUAUAGAGAAUUAAGAACCAAAAUGAUUGGAAGGGUUGAAUAUUUGGUAGGUGAAUGGGCUCAAGAACCAAAACUCAUUGAUAAAAUCGAUAUUGAAUUGUUGUAUGAUAAAAUUCAAUAGAUUUAAGAAAAGAAUAGAAACAUUAAACGAUGA